UACUACUUCCGGGUUUCGUGUUUCAAUAGAAACCGCUUCCUGUUCGUGCUUUACGAUAUUGUGUUACUGUUAAAUCGACUAUGUAUAUUUUACUAAACCACCAACCAACUAAAUGUUAAAACUACAAAUGACUGCUAGAAUUUGAGGCGAAUCGUGUUCUCCUCAUUGGAAGUCGCAGCUGCAGGUUUCAAAUCAACUUUGGGUUUUAAACAGCUAUACUGAUAACAGCGCUCCCCAUGUAAGACUCAAGUUACUUUGAAAGCUACUGCCACAUUAUAUUGACAGGACUUUUCUUAAGGACUCUGUGUAAUGAAGAAGCGAGGGAGACGAGCGCGGCUAACCGAUGUGGCAGCAGGACAGAGAAGCCAGACUCAGUCAGUGGCUGGGGUCAAGAAACCUGCUGGGCGACGAGAAAGACCAAAGAAUGCUGUGAAAACAACUCCACCAUCAGUUGCAUGUGAUGGAGGUUUCGAGGAUGUUGGUCCAAGUGACAGAUCUGCAAGAUUACAAUUGAGCACAACCGUGUCAGUUGUGGAGAUAGAAGGGGAGGAGCAUCCAGAGAAUAGAUUAAAGAAAUCAGGUAUGGGCAGACUCAGCACUGCAUUCUGUCGACUCUGUCAUGGAAAGUUCUCACCUCGGAGGCUGCGGCAUGCCUUUGACAAGUGGCCAGGAGAGCUGGAGGGGGUCCCUGACCAGACAGAGCCAGCCCAGUCGCCCCUGCUUUUCUACACAGACUUUCAGCGCCUAGUGGGAGUGCCACUGAACCGUGAUCCACGUCUCUCACAAUUCGUCUGCAAGAACUGCCACACAAAAUUCUACAAGUGCCACACUAUCCUGCUCACAUUUCUGCAGAGGGUAAACCUCUUGCCAUCUGUGAAUGUGCCCACCAGAGACAGGAAAAGUUCAGAGUGCUCUCAAUCAACAGUGCGUCCCAGCUUGUUGUCCAUCCACUCCGAUCCCAAGUGUCUCCACAGCCUGGUGUCCUGGGCCCACCACCAUGCAGGAGACUGCCGCUCCUGCCCUGACCUGAAAGAAGUGCUGGAGGGGCAGUGCUUGGGCUCAGUAAGGGCUGUCUGGGAGUGUGUGGCUGGACAUAGUUACAUGAUGGACACACAGACCAGAGCAAAUCCUGGACACACUGGGUGUGAUCCCCUACUGGAAGCUGAGGAGCAGCCCAGAGGGAACCGAAACCCUGUCAACACCACCAUGCCCCUGGCCAGUCCAGGUGCUACCCCACAGACUCAGAGUUCCAUCAACACUGAUGCUACUACCACCAGUGCAGAUGAAUUUCUCUUUGCUAAGGAGACACCCUGCCCUGCACCUGCCCCACUCAUGGACAGGACAGGUGACAUUGACAUAUAUGACCGGAACAUGUCCAGUGAGGAUGAGUUGGAAGAUAAAAGGAAAAGUGGAUCCUCUGAUGAAUUAUUUGAACCAUACCCAGAAAAGAAAGUUGCUUCCCCGAAGAAGAGAACCAGAAGAAAAGAAGCAAAAACUCCCAAGGAGCCUAAAGUUAGAAAGAAGCCAGGACCCAAGCCUGGCUGGAAGAAGCCAAUCAAGUCAGAAAGAGAGGAGCUGCCCAAUAUCUACAAAUGUCCAUACCAAGGCUGCUCAGCUGUGUACCGAGGAGCAGACGGCAUGAAGAAACACAUUAAGGAACACCAUGAAGAGAUCCGUGAGCGACCCUGCCCUCACCCUGGCUGCAACAAGGUCUUCAUGAUUGACCGCUACCUGCAGCGACACGUGAAACUAAUCCACACAGAGGUGAGGAACUACAUCUGUGACCAGUGUGGUCAGACCUUCAAGCAGAGGAAGCACCUGUCUGUGCACCAGAUGCGCCACUCAGGGGUCAAGCCACUACAGUGCGAAGUGUGUGGUUUCCAGUGCCGCCAGAGAGCAUCGCUAAAGUACCACAUGACAAAACACAAGGCAGAAGCUGAUCUGGAAUUUGAAUGCAAACUGUGUGGAAAGCGCUUUGAGAAGGCCCACAACCUCAACGUCCACAUGUCUAUGGUGCAUCCCCUCACACUAGCAGCUGCUGGAGGAAACAUCGACAGCCCCUCCAACCCUGCUAUCACAAGCAUAGAGACCAUCACAGAGACUGGGGCACUGAACCCUUACACCAGUUGACCGACUUGAUUAGGCCUGUGACCCUCAAGGAGAUAUAACAACCACAAAGUCUAAUAGGGCUAGGGAACUAGAUUCAGCUGCGGGAUGAUUUCUGUCUGAGCGGAUGGUCAGAGAGCCAGUACAUAAUUAUAACUUUGUACAACUGCAAAUGGACCACAACUAAGGCAAAAAAAUCACUUGCGGGAUGUUUUUGGCCCGCCAGCCGCCUGUUGCUGACCCCUGGUCUAUAAGGAGUCUGGUGUAAAAUGGUCAUGGCUAAUGUGACUAAUUAACUUGAGGUAGAGAAUAAGGUUAAUAAGUUAUACGUCAUCUAUACACAGUGUACAGUACGUAUAAAAGGAGCACAGCUAGCGGAUCCUCUUUCAAAGCCAGGUAAGCUGUGUGAUACUUAUUUUAGUGUUGUACUGCUCUAUAAUUAUAUCCUUAAGGCAACAUUAUCAUGUAGCUAGCCAAGUAUAUUCUUCAUGGAAGGACAAAGACCAAGUUUUCAAACUCCCCCAUACAUAUAUAAUGCUACUGUCAUGAUUCAAGGAAGCCAAAUGUCAGUAACAGUCCACGGGUGUGCCUGUAGCCCCAUAUAUUUCUCUCACACACACACAGUCCAUUCUGAAAGUAUUCAGACCCCUUCUCCACAUUUUGUUACUUUACAGCCUUAUUCUAAAAUGUAUUAAAUAAAUCUACACACAAUACCCCAUAAUGACAAAGCGAAAAAACGUUUUUUUAAAUGUUUGUAUUGUAUAUACAUGGGUAUUCAGGCCCUUUGCUAUGAGACUCGAAAUUGAGCUCGGGUGCAUCCUGUUUCCAUUGAUCAUCCUUGAGAUAUUUCUACAACUAGGUUGAAGGAAUUGUCUGUAGAGCUCUGAGACAUUGAUGGUCCCCAAGAACACAGUGACCUCUGUCAUUUUUAAAUGGAAGAAGUUUGGAACCACCAAAACUCUUCCUUGAGCUGGCCACCCAGCCAAACUGAGCAAUUUGGGGAGAAGGGCCUUGGUCAGUGAGGUGACCAAGAACCUGCUGGUCACUCUGACAGAGCUCCAGAGUUCCUCUGUGUAGAUUGGAGAAGCUUCCAGAAGGACAACCAUCUCUGCAGAACUCCACCAAUUAGGCCUUUAUGGUAGAGUGGCCAGAUGGAAGCCACUCCUCAGUAAAAGGCACAUGAGAGCCCGCUUGUAGUUUGCCAAAAGGCACCUAAAGACUCUCAGACCAUGAGAAACAACAUUUUCUGGUCUGAUGAAACCAAGAUUGAACUCUUUGACCUGAAUGUCAAAUCUGGAGGAAACCUGGCACCAUCCCUAUGGUGAAGCAUGGUGGUGGCAGAUUCAUGCUGUGGGCAUGUUUUUUAGCGGCUGAACUGGGAGACUAUUCAGGAUCGAGGGAAAGAUGAACGGAGCAAAGUACAGAGAUCCUUGAUGAAAACCUGCUCCAGAGCGCUCAGGACCUCAGACAGGGAUGAAGGUUCACCUUUCAACAGGACAACGACCCUACGCACACAGCCAGGACCGGACUUGAACCUGAUCGAACAUCUCUGUAGAGACCUGAAACUAGAUGUGCAGUGACGCUCCCCAUCCAACCCGACAGAGCUUGAGAGGAUCUGCAGAGAAGAAUGGGAGAAACUCCCCAAAAACAGGUGUGCCAAGCUUGUAGCGUCAUACCCAAGAAGACUCAAGGCUGUAAUCGCUGCCAAAGGUGCUUCAACAACGUACUGAGUAAAGGGUCUGAAUACUUAUGCAAACGUGAUAUAUAUUUUUUGCUUUGUCAUUGUGGGGUAUUGUGUGUAGAUUGAAGGGGGAAAACUAUUUAAUCCAUUUUAGAAUAAGGCUAACAUAACAAAAUAUGAAAAAAGUCAAGGUGUCUGAAUACUUUCCUAACGCAGAGGAAUUCCAACUCUUGGCUGAGGCCAAGGGCUGAGUUGAAAGAUCAGAGCUGCUUCCAGGUCAACACAUAAGACCUCCAGCGAAGGAACAGGGGAGAGAGAGAGAGGGUCACUCAAUAGGGUAUUAUGUGGGUCAAAGAAAGUACAAUGGUAUAUCAAUCUGCCGUGUUUUGAGAGCCAUUGGUAAAAAGCAGUCUGACAUGUGGUGAAGCCCAGAAACUUAUCAUAGACUGUAUUUGUGUAAUGUUUGAUGUUUGUGAAAUCCUAAUAAAUGUAUCAUUAUGUCAUA